GGGAACCCAGUGGGUCCCGAUUGUUUACACCGUGAUCAUCUGUUAAAAUAAUUGCUCAGGGGAAUGGAGCUUGAUCUAUCUAGAGAGGAUAUGAUGAAGGAACUCAAAAAGAGGGAGAUACACCUGCCCGAUAUGGAGGGACUGGCGCAGGAUCGGCUGGAGGAUAUCUACCGGAGAUUCGUGGUGCCCAGACCCAGGAGAGAGCGGGAACCUCGCGAUCGGACUGCCCAUCCCCAUCCCCAUCCCAAUCCCAUUCCCAUGGAAGUAGAACAUUUGACGCAGCGCAUCAGGUCGGUGGCCAUGGUGGGGCAGAAACGACCGCUGCAGGAGAGUCCCAGCGACGACAGCGCCAAGCAAAUCAAGAUGGACCUGCGGUGA